AUGGAGACUCUGCAUAGAUUGUUGACAGCUGAAUCAGUUCGGAACAAACAUAGGAUGGCAGUGGAACCCCUUGUUGAAUUAACAUCCAAAAAGCUGCUAGACUACUUAAUGUCUAUGAAAGAUGCUUUCAUCACCAUGAGCCUUCUUCCAUACAGAUACAGAAUUAGCGAGUCAAACAAGCGAGGACUUUAUGAACAUCCUUUUGCAAUCUGCGUGGCAGGUACGGGAAAACUCGUGUUUUUAAACUGGAAUUCGAAAACCAAGUCAUCCAAUCUAGUACAACUACGUCUUCACAGUCCAGCAGACAGUACAGUACUGCAGAGAAAUCUAGAGACAAAUGGACUUAGUCUUUGUUACAUGAAUGUUGUGGCACUAUUUUGUGGCCAAAAAGAGAUAUUAUUUGUUGAUAUAGAAGGUUAGUUUAUUGAAGCUAAGAAGACUAACAGCCCGGCUAUAUCAAAUCUUUUAUCUUAAUGAAAAUCUUGUCUCCAUGUAGGUACAACCAAGGUGACGCCCACGCAGUUCAAAACAAAAGCAAGUGCUAUAGCAUUUUUUCAGCAGCAUAUCGACUCAGAUUGCAAUGCAGGAUCCACAUUGAAGGUCUUGCAAGCAAAGAUCCAGAAUUACCUCGAAAAGAAACGGACAGUUCACAAGAAGCUUGGUUCUAUAGGAAUUGUUAUCCUAAAUGAAGAAAGGAGGUUCACGUGUCUAUGUCAAGGCAACGGGGAUAUGAUCGUUACUGCAUCAAACCAUGAAAGGGCCUUUUACCUAAUUGCAACUACGUUUGACGGCGUGGGAAUACUAGGAACGGCGACAUUGAUGACUACGUAUUUAACUGGAUGGCUAGAUGUUACUGGUAUGGCGUUGUCAGGAGACAACUUGGCAAUUUGUGCAGAUGGUAAGAUUUAUGUACAUGUUCCAUCCCAGAAAGCAACGAGGUUGAUAGUUGUGGGUCCUAAUAUGCUCCCCAUAUCAAAUAAAGCUACAAGUGUGGCGUGGGUUGCGGGUGGACUGCUUUAUUGUGAAGAUCACUGUUUGAAGCUGUACUACUCUGGCGAGGUUACUGUGGUUUCUGGCGCGGCUGGGAAAGGUGACAAGGAUGGCCUAUCCUCACAAUCAAAACUAUGUCAACCAGUUGGAAUUUGUGUAGAAUUCGACCGAAACAUUUAUGUAGCAGAUUCUGGAUCCGGUUCUGUCAAGCUGGUCAACAGACCGUUGAAAGGGAUUGUUGACUUUUUAAGUAAUUUGCGGGCCCUUCUGGUGGCUUUUAAUGUUCAUUCUAAGAAAGCGUCAACCUCUGUUUCUCCUACGAUUGGUGAAGCCAUUAAUAUGGUAAAAGAAACAUUAGAGUAUGUGCAAAGUUGUUCAAUGAAGUCGAAAGAGUUGCAGUCCUUAAAGGAAAACUCGACUACAGAUGGCCCAGAAGGGACAGUUUCAAACAAAUGCUUGAAAUCCUUGGAGCUUCUGAAGAGAUCUAUUGAAAGCCUGGAUGCCAACGUUAAGGACCUUUCAACAAAACCGGGCUUUGAGUUAAAGCUCAAUUUGGAAUCUUUGUUGACGCUUCAUGUUGAGAAUCAGCAUGCUGUGACUCACUUUAAGCGGGACACGUUCACAAUGUAUGAGUAUGCCCUCAUUUUUGGUUGUUCGAUUGAAGAGGCUGUGAAGCGCGUAUCAAAGUGGGCAGCACAUUACUACACACACCCCAAAUCCUAUUACAAGCUUCCAACAUCUGGCGCAGUUUCUCUACCACGGAUCAGAAUUCCCAAACCUCUCCCACAGAUAUUAUCCAGAAACGAAGAAGCCCAGAUGAGAUUGUGGGCAAAACGUCAUGGGAAGUGUGUGAGACAAAGAAACGUCAGACAGGAUAAUACUAAGGACAGAGCAGGCACUCUACCUAUAAACUUGUACGAGUGCGAAACAACAUUGAACCCUCUUAAUUUAAAGGAGCUGAAGGACCUCUCCACCGAACACAGCAAGUCUAGUGAGUCUAGUGAAGAUUCCGAUAGUGAAGUGUCGUGCAGUGGGUGGGAUCCACAGCUUUCCGGGGAUCACCAAUUGCAGCAGAGAGAUCAAGAGGACAGUUUUAGCAUCGAUGACGAUGAUGAUGAUGACGGUGGCAAUGAUUCUGAAGACGGCGAUGCUAUCGUUGAUGCGUCUCUGGAAAGUCUGGAGACUUUAAUUCGACCCUCAAGAUUUGGAAGAAGCAGGCGUUUUACUGGCAGAAUGGCUGCGUUUUUACAAUCGGGGAUGUAG